UAUAGAAGAGAAGAAUAUCCCCCUUGUUUUUCUCAACAGUCCAAAUCCAUUCCGCGCCAUUUUAAGCAAAUAUUCUUCUCCAACAUAUCUCCGUUGUAGCCUCCGAUCCUCAUGGAGCAUUUUCACCUCUCUCUCUCAACGAUCUCCUCUCAAACAAACCCUCUCUUUCUCUCUCCCUAUUCCCAACAAAAUCAAACCUUCAACCCCAUUUUCCCCUUUGGGUUCGUCCAACCCUACCCCAAAACCUUGCAUCCCCAACACCACAACAUUCCCAUCUCAAUCUAACCCCCACCUCCUGUUCAUGGAUACACAAUCAGGGUUUAAAUUCUCAAGCCCGUUUAUGGAGCUAGGGUAGGGUGCAACUUCAUUUUCAGGACAAUGAUCAUGUUGAUAUCAAUGACAACGAUGAACCUUCGUGUUUCGGAUUAUGGUUUUUAAUGGACUGAUUAUGUAGAAUUCCCUGGUUCUCCAUUUUUUUUAAUGAAGGGUAAACAUAAUUUUCAAGUUUCUCCGCAAUUUCUAGUUUUGUUUACAGAGGGAUUUGGUUAUUAUGUCACCUUCAGGAUAUACAAAUUGAGACCGGCACAGAUGACAUAUGCGAAAUACUGAAUUGUACAGUGUUGGUUUGACGGUUUUCUUUUUGUGUUGUAAGUUGUUGUGAUAAAGAUUAGCUUGAGUGAUAAUAGAAAUACUUUGCGACUCAAUUGCCUAAAUUGCAAUAAUAGAAACCAGAGUUAAGUGUAAAAUGUGGAUAGGCAUUGAGAAUAUUUUAGCAGUCUAUUGCAAAAGGUUGUUAGGUUGAGAUUACUGUAUAAUCUUCCACCAUGAAUAAUGAGGAUCCUGGAAUUUCAGGUAAUCUCUAUAGAGGUACAGUGAGUGUUGGGUUUAGUGACAGAGUACCUUCUGAUAAAGAGAAUGGAGACAAUAUAUGUCUACAGACUGGUGAAGAAUUUUCUGCCGAGUUCUUACGCGACCGGGUUGGUUUAAGAAGGUUUCCUGUCAUAAUUGAUGCAGAGCAGCACAUGCCAAACAGAAUGGACUUCAAUAUUAAUAAUAGUAACAAUUAUCAACUGGUCUACGAGGAUCAAAAACACGUCCCUGGCCUACGGAAAAUGGAUUCUGAUAGCAAUUUGGAUAUUUUAGAUAUUGCUUUUGCUAGAGGCUAUGUUGCUGAAGUUGACAACAGGGCAUAUCAUAAUAAUUUGAGCAGAUACCAGUGUGAACAUGGUGGUAUCAGACAAGCACCGAGUGCAUUUUCUAUACAAUUAUCAAGUAGGUUUUCUGACGGAUGCGAUCAAGUUGCCUCGGCAUCAAAUACUCCUCGUUCAUGCCAACCUUAUGGAACAGUAUUCUCAGAAGGUUCCUUCUACAAAAAGAUAAAGUUUUUAUGUAGUUUUGGAGGUCGAAUACUGCCAAGGCCAAAUGAUGGGAAGCUCAGAUAUGUGGGGGGAGAGACGCGGAUUAUAUCGAUCAGGAAAAACAUCACACAUGAGGAACUUACAAGGAAGACAUCUGAUAUUUGCAAUCAAACUCACAUUAUCAAAUACCAGCUUCCUGGAGAGGAUCUCGAUGCUCUUAUUUCUGUUUGUUCUGAUGAGGAUCUUCAUCAUAUGAUUGAGGAGUAUGAGGAGCUUGAAAGAGGUGGAGGCUCGCAACGACUGAGGAUUUUUCUCAUAGCUUCAAAUGAAUCAGAGAGUCCAAAUUCUAAUGAACAAAGAGUCAAUCAGCAAAGUGAUGCUGAUUAUCAUUAUGUUGUUGCUGUUAAUGGUAUACUGGAUCCAAGUCCGCGAAAGAAUCUUAGUGGACUGAAUCUGGCAAGCCAUGCAAGUCAGUUUACAACUGCCUCUGAUUACAACAGUCCACAUUUCCACAGGGAAUCAUCCACAUAUGCAUUUGCUUCAGAUUUUAUGGAUUGCAGCCCAACCUCUUCAAAUUUGGCAGGGACAAUGUCAAAACAAAGUCCAUAUGUAACAUCAAUGAAGGUAGCGGGCAAGUCGUUUGAUCAAAUGCCUCCAUCUCCCAUUUGUCCACAGCCUAAAGAUCCAAAUAUUUCUAAUGUCCAGUUAUUUACGGAUCAACCAUAUAAUGUUGUUAAUGAAAACAUUAUUCCCUAUGUCAUGGAAAAAAUUCCACGCGACAACUCUAUGUAUGUAGACAGUACCGGAUAUGUUGAUCCCAUUGCAUAUUAUAACAAUCUUCCCCAAGGGCCUCCAUGUGUGAACCACCAUCCUAGUAAUCAAUAUCCAUUGGAGUCUGACCAAAUCAGGAAGUCUAACGCUAAUUUCCAUUUUCACAGAAGAAACAAUAGUAAAGAAUUUGUUUCUUCUGCAAUUUUUAAUCAGACAGAUACGAAAUUUGAGAGGCCUUUAGUAAACAAAGAAGGUUCAUACCAUUUUAACAAACUUGUCUCUCAUCCACAUCAGUCAUCGAGUGUUUUCUCAGUGUCUGAUGAUAAGGAUGUUUCUCAGUACAGAAUGUUGCAUGCACUCUCUGACUCAACGCUUCUGGAGAAUAGUGAGAACUACAAAGGUCACCUGCAAUUUCCGCUUAAUGUUGAGAGAGACAAAUUGUCGUCGCUGGGAACUUCAAGCUCUUUGGAAGAAUGUUCAAUGCAGCCAGAAGAGAUAAGUGAUGAGAAAGAACGUACAGUUUUACAUCAAAACUGGCCGACUUUUGGAAUGACUGAUAGUUGCAAGCGACUGUCAGAAAUUGGUAAAGAGAACCUACAAUGUGCAGGUAAAAGCACUGGUUGGUUUGUUGAAAAAGUUGGAGCUGUGCCACAACAGUUACAGUACAUCUACUAUCAACAUGGUGCUUGCUCGUCUUCACCAGAUUUACAAAGCAGUGAAUGCAGUGAUUCUGCUGCACCACUUAUGUCAUCACAGUUGGCUAGAUGCGUGACAGAGCAACCAAAUGGUAUACCGUUUGAAACAAUUGCUUCUGAGUUUCCUAUGAGAAGCCAAAGUUCACCAAUGCAUCACCAAUAUGCUGUGUCAGAGACAAAAGACAGUCAACAACUUCCCCCUGGCUUCUUUGAGAUACGUCCUAUUGACCCCCAAACUGACACAGAAUCUGUGCUACCUAUCUCGUAUCCAGAUGUGGUUUCUUCUUCACUAAGAGAGGUUCUUGACCCUGACGACGCUCCUGCAUACUACCAGAACCAAAAGGAAGAAAGCAUAGUCACUAAGAAACAAUCGUAUGAAUACAUUGAUGAAUUUUCCAUCAACAAGGCAGAAUCAGCAGCAGUUGUCAAAGAAUCAAUUGAUUAUAUUUCUUCAAGUAUUCAGUCAUGCUUAGAAGUUGUCUCAAAUACAGAUGAAGAGGGCAAACAUACAUAUUCUGAAAAAGCAGGGGUAGUGUGUGUUAAUCCAGAAUCUGAAAGUAAGCUUGCAAAAGCUGAUAAUGAAAACUUCAAUAAGCCUAUUGGUGAUCCAGAAACUGCUGAAACAGAGUCGGAACUUUAUGGUUUACAGAUUAUUGAGAAUGGUGAUCUUGAAGAACUACAUGAGCUAGGAUCUGGAACCUUUGGAACCGUUUAUCAUGGCAAAUGGAGAGGAACAGAUGUUGCAAUUAAGAGAAUAAAAAGUAGCUGUUUCGCUGGUAGAAUGUCAGAGCAAGAGCGGUUGACUAAAGAUUUUUGGAGGGAAGCAAAGAUUCUAUCAACUCUUCACCAUCCAAAUGUGGUGGCAUUUUAUGGGGUAGUUCCAGAUGGCCCAGGUGGAACAUUGUCAACUGUAACAGAAUACAUGUUGCACGGAUCACUGAGAAAUGUUCUCUUGAAGAAGGAGAGAGUGCUUGACCGUCGUAAAAGGAUCAUGAUUGCAAUGGAUGCAGCCUUUGGCAUGGAAUAUUUGCAUUUAAAAAGUAUUGUUCAUUUUGAUUUGAAGUGUGAUAAUUUGCUUGUCAACUUGGGUGAUCCUGAGCGGCCUGUAUGUAAGGUUGGAGAUUUUGGGCUAUCGAGAAUUAAACGCAACACACUUGUUUCUGGUGGUGUCAGAGGGACUCUUCCAUGGAUGGCACCAGAACUACUGGAUGGUAACAGCAUUAGAGUAUCUGAGAAGGUCGAUAUUUUCUCAUUUGGUAUCACAAUGUGGGAAAUCUUGACUGGGGAAGAACCUUAUGCUAACAUGCACUGUGGUGCUAUCAUAGGAGGUAUUGUCAAUAAUACGCUGAGGCCAUCUAUUCCAAAACGCUGUGAUUCUGAGUGGAAAAAGUUGAUGGAAGAAUGUUGGAGCCCUGAACCUGAGGCCAGGCCAACCUUCACAGAAGUUAAAAAUAGACUCCGCAACAUGUCAGCUGCACUGCAGAAAAGGAGACCUAAUGUUGGGAUUCGGUGAAAAAACUAAACAUUACUUGUAAAUGAAGGCAAAUAUGAAGAUGAAUGAAAUGAGUUGUUUGUAUAGAAAACAUAGUGCAGAGGUAUAUGCUGAAAAUGAGUAAAAGCCUUUCAUGAACUCCACUGCUUCUUUACCGGCUCAAUCUAAUAUAAUGGUUGGUUGUUGUCUUGUAAUUUCGAGAACCAGUUAAAGUGUUAAACCCGGAAGUGAAAACCGUAACAAACACGCUGAUAUUCAUACAUGCAGACCUACACUAAAUUUAUUUUGCAGGUAUA